AAAACAAAUAUAUAUGAUUUCUCUAACAAAUUCAAUCUCUGCAAGAAAAACAGAGGAAAAGGAAAUAAAAAGGAGAAGAAGAAGAAGAAGAAAAUGACAACAAUGGCGAGGACAAGCACUGGCCUCGCGUACCCCGAUCGAUUCUAUGCGGCGGCUUCUUACGCUGGAUUAGACGGAUCUCUCAAUUCCAACAACAACGACGUCAGCUCCAGGUUCUCAAACGAGGUCGCUUUGAUCCUCUACGCCUUAUACCAGCAGGCUACUAUAGGUCCUUGUGAUGUUCCGAAACCAAGUUCGUGGAAUCCUGUCGAACAGAGCAAAUGGAAAAGCUGGCAGCAGCUUGGUAACAUGGCUACUACAGAAGCCAUGCGUCUCUUUGUGAAAAUAUUGGAGGAAGAAGAUCCGGGAUGGUAUUCAAGGGCUUCUAACUUUGUUUUGGAGCCUACUAUAGAUGUACAAAUGAAUACCAUUUCUGCUAAAAAUGGUAGCCUGGUGCAAACUCAGGACAAAGAUGUUAUAUCAGAAGGCCUUGGUUCGGUUGUCAUAUAUGAUACGUGGAUUUCUCCUCCAAUAACCGGUCAACAUCCCAAAGCUCGAUAUCAACAUGGAGCAGCUGUUGUGCAGGAGAAGAUGUAUAUAUAUGGUGGAAACCAUAAUGGCCGUUACCUUGGUGAUCUUCAUGUUCUAGAUUUUAGAAGUUGGACUUGGUCAAAGGUAGGAACAAAGGCUGUGGAAUCACCAUCUCCAGUAAACGUAGCCCCAUGUGCUGGCCAUUCACUGAUACCAUGGGGGAACAAGCUUCUUUCAAUUGCUGGCCAUAUGAAAGAUCCUUCUGAAACUAUCCAGGUGAAGGCAUUUGAUCUGCAAACUGGUACCUGGUCAAUGUUAAAGACUUAUGGCAAACCACCGGUCUCUCGUGGAGGUCAAUCUGUGAACCUUUUUGGAACCACCUUGGUGAUAUUUGGUGGACAGGGUGCAAACAGAACACUCUUGAAUGAUCUAUAUAUUCUUGACUUAGAAACCAUGACUUGGGAUGAAAUUGAUGUCGCUGGGGUAGCUCCAUCACCAAGAUCUGGUCAUGCUGCUGCAGUACAUGCAGAGCGUUACCUUCUUGUUUUCGGUGGGAGUUCACAUGCUACUUUCUUCAAUGAUUUGCAUGUCCUUGAUUUGCAAACUAUGGAAUGGUCAAAACCUGCACAACUAGGUGAGUUACCAACUCCUAGAGCUGGUCAUGCAGGAGUGACUAUUGGGGAAAACUGGUUUAUUGCUGGAGGUGGAGACAACAAAAGCGGGGCGUCAAAAACUAUAGUCCUUAACAUGUCUAGCUUCGUUUGGUCAGUUGUGACAACAGUUGAAGGAACUGUUCCUCUUGCUAGUGAGGGCUUGAGUCUGGUUGUGGGCUCCUUAAAGGGUGAUGAUAUACUUGUAUCAUUUGGAGGAUAUAAUGGGCGUUACAACCGUGAGGUUAAUAUUCUCAACCCAAGUUGUAAGUUAAACUUACAAUCAAAUAUUACAGAGGCUCCUUCUGCUGUGCAUAAUGCCACUAAUCCUACCAGAGAUCUGCGGUCCGAAUUUGAAAUUGGACAAGGAAAAAUACGAGAAAUUGUUAUGGAAAAUGUCGACUCAAAGCCCACUAUAUCCGAAUGUGAGAAGACUAACGAACGCAUUAUAGCAACACUUAAGGUGGAAAAGCAAGAACUGGAAUCUUCACUGAGCGAGGAGAAGUUACAGUCUCUCCAGCUAAAGCAACAAGUACUGGAAGCCGAGACUCGAAACACGGAAUUGUACAAGGAGCUCCAAUCCGUACGUGGUCAACUUGGCACUGAGCAGUCAAGAUGCUUCAAAUUAGAGGUUGAAGUCGCAGAACUGCGACAAAAGCUUCAGACAAUGGAAACACUAGAAAAAGAACUUGAACUCCUGCAACGACAGAAAGCUGCAUCUGAACAAGCUGCCUUAAAUGCAAAGCAGAGGCAGGGUUCGAGCGGUGUUUGGGGUUGGCUUGCCGGUAACCCUCCAGAAUAUACCGCCAUCGAUGACAAUGCCUGAAAAUUCAAUUGAAAGGCCCAACUAAUGAUGGCUAGAUUCUUUAUUUUUUUUUCUCAUUAAUCAUUUUUUUUCUACUUAACCCUAUUCUUUCUAUGAUGGGAAUAAUAUAUAUAUCUAAUUAGGGUUUUUUGGCAUUAAUAGAUGUCCCAAUAGAUUACAGUCUCACAGCUUAUUAUUAUACAUUUACAUAUCGCCGGUGCCGUUGUUCCAUUUGUUUUUUGCGCAAGUUUUAUCCUAAUUUGUAUUCAAAAUAUUAUGUUAUUUUUUAAUUGAAAAUAUAGGUUUGAAA